AAUCAACGUCUACUGGCUCGUACAGCUAAGUGAACUGAUCAAUCGAACUUGUUCCCAACGAUUCGAUACAACUCUAACAGAACAAUCCGUGGCCGACAUCAGAAUUGCUCUGGAAAUAUGGCACUCAGACUAAUCAACAACGCACUGCGUCGCCAGUUGGCUGCUAUGCCACACAACGCUCAGGUCGGCAGCGUUGCCUCCAUCCACACUUUGGACAAGAUUGGCAAACGUGAAGUUGUCGGCUUCGGCUGGAACGGUACAGCUUGCUAUGCUGAUCGUGCCGAUUACCCCAUGCCCGCUGUCCGCUUCCGUGAGCCCAACAACGAGAUCAACGCUCUGCGUACCAAGGAGCAGGGUGACUGGAAGAAGCUGAGCCCACAGGAGAUCAAGGCUCUGUACCGCGCCAGCUUCUGCCAGACCAUUGCCGAGGUGCAAGCCGGCACUGGCGAGUGGAAAUUGCACUUGGGUGUUGGCCUGCUCUUCACCGCCGCUGCCAUCUGGAUUGCCGUCCUGAUGAACCUGUUCGUCUACGACGAGCUGCCAAUUACCUUCGAUGAGGAGCACCAGAAGGCACAGCUGAAGCGUAUCAUUGACCUGGAAAUCAAUCCAGUCACCGGAUUGACCUCCAAGUGGGAUUACGAGAACAACAAGUGGAAGAACUAAACGACUCCAAUUCCAAAGUCGGCGUUCUCGCCAUGUGUGUGAACAGUAAUUAAGUAAAAAGUUAGGAGACGUCUAUGUUUAAGUGGCGAUACCCAAGCAACAAUUCUAGUUGAAAUUAAAGUUAUGGCCGCUGCCAAACGUUCUA